AUCUUCUUCUUCUCCCUCCCGCCAUCCGCACAGUUAAUUUCAGAAAUCGGCGGCUGUCUCCGACUCCAUCAUCGCAUUGCUUCUGCUCAAUUCUUCGUCUCCGUUCAAUCAGUCUCUUCUCCUCAUACAAUCGAUCCGUCAUGUUCCUCAGUAACCUCCGCGCAAACCAUCGGAUCGUCUGUUUCUGAUUGCCUGCAUCAAGGAUUACUGCUGCUCCUGCUGCUCUUGCUGUUUCCGUCUCCGUUUUGUCUAGUUGUUGUCAUGAGAUGCUCCGGACCGAGAUCCAUUGCUGCUGAUAGUGAUAGUACCGAUUGUUCUGGUUAUCGGAAAAGAGCUGCAGAGGCUUGGGUUUCGGAUAGCUUCAGUGAUGAAAACAAUCAGAGGAAAUGCACCGUCGGGGCUAGGGCUGCUGUGGUAGAACUAACUUAUGUAGGCGCGCCGCUGAUUUCGAAGUCCGCGGGCUGCCCAUGCGAUUCUGUGCAGUUAGAGCCCGGUCGAGUUUAUACUAUUGGCCGCAGUCGUCGGCUGUGUGACUUUCUGCUGAAUCUCAGAAGGGUAAGCAGGCAGCAUUGUAAGAUAGUUUUCGAUAGUAGCUCUCGCAAGAUAUUUAUUGUUGACGGGGUUGGUCUCAAUAAUUGCUUGGUGGGAAAUGAGAAUGGAGAUGAGGAAGACAAUGAAGAGGAGAAAGGUAGGGCCCGUGAGUGUUCCUUAAAUGGGGUUUCUGUUAAUGGAGUCAGGUGUAACAAAGGUGAGCUGACGGAGUUGUCUAUCGGAGAUGUCGUAUCUCUUGUAUGUGUAGGUGAUCGGUGUGAUUCUAAUUCUAAAAUUGGUUUUGUCAUUCGUAAAAUUGUUUACCUGGAGGAGGAAGGGGGGAUUUUCCCCAAUCAUGGCGAUUUCGAUGUCAACAGGUCAUUUUCACCUCAGAGGAUUUCUAGCUCGGCUAGUAGUAGUAGCAAAAGGAUUUUCGCUUCGAGGACUUGUGCAGUUUCGUUGGGCUCUUCUGCCCCCAUAUUAAGAGCAAAAGCUCUUCAGGGUCAAUGCAGACAUAUUUUGCGUUCUGCAGACCCCAUAUCUUGUAUCCUAAGAUGUCCUAUUUAUUUCAGACCAUUGGUUGAAGCCCCUUUGGCUUGUAACAACUUUCCUGGCUCCAAAGUGGAUCUCAUUUUCAGAAAGCCUGCCCGUCCUAUAGCUGCACCCAGGUCUAGAAAUGUCGUCCCAAUGGACAGGCAAGAAUUGCUGUCUCAUGUCAUUUCGAAUAAUGGCUGUAAUAGGCAGGCUUCUUUCCAUGCUGAACGUUUGCCUGGAAGAGCCAAUGCUUUCCUCAAUAAUAAUGGAGAUGAUGAGAAAACCUCCUCUUUAAUUUCUGCACCUGUAGUAACUGUCCCUAAUCCCAGUGAAUCCUUUAGCAAGAAAGCUAGAAACGACUCGUGUAGGCCAACUCUUGAGAACAAAUUUUGCUUGAACCGUCUUGGAUCAGCGGCGCAAGACUCAGUUGGUCAUGGGUCAGACAUUUCUUUACCGGAGCUUCUCUAUCCUGUCCAAACCAUAUUGCGGAUAUUUGUUGCAACAUUCACGAGUGAUAUAAAAUGGUUUCUCUCAUACUGCCAAAUUCCACGCCUCAUGCCAGUGACUAUUGCCUGUCAUGAUACUGAAAGAUGUUGGAGUUCAAGCCCAGAUAAAAGAACUCUCAGUCCUUUUCCAGAGUUCCCAAAUGUAGAAGUCGUGUUUCCUCCGUUCCCAGAGAGCAUAGCAUUUGGUAAUGAUCGUAAGAAACAGGGUAUCGCUUGUCAUCAUCCAAAACUCUUUGUUUUGCAAAGAGAAGAUAGGAUUCGAGUCAUCAUUACUUCAGCAAACUUGGUGGCAAAACAGUGGAUCAGCAUCACAAAUACUGUCUGGUGGCAAGAUUUCCCUCAAAGGUCUCCUGAUUACAUGUCUUUGUUCACUCGGAUCAUUAAUGAGGGAAGAAGUAAUCAAGCUUCAAACUGUGAUUUUGCUGCUCAACUAGCGGGAUUUAUAGCAUCUCUAGUGAUUGAUGACCCAUGUCAGGCUCAUUGGAUUACUGAGUUGAUGAAGUAUGACUUUCAAGGGGCUAGUGGAUAUUUGAUUGCAUCAGUUCCAGGAAUUCAUUCUUAUGGGUUGCAACGCGAAUUAGCCACAACCACCUUCUCAAUGGAUGAUCAAGAUACAUCAUGUUCAUGGAGCUUGAAGCUCCUUACUAGAGUAGAAGCAUCUGUUGUUGGCCUCGGUUACUUUUUUCGUACUGCAUCAGACUCAAAUGGUGCAGCUCUUAAGAAGUUGGCUGCAUUCCUUUCAAAUUCUCGUGUAAAUGCAUCUGGAUUGCUGGAAAUUGUGUUAAGAAGGAACACGAAUGUGGCUGCAGACCCGAAUGCAGUGAGUGUUCUUGUUUGUGAUCCCAAUAACUCUAAUGUGGGAGAUUGCAUUCAGUUUGGAUUUCUUCCAAGAACUGUUGCAAAGUGGGUAUCUCCCUUGUGGGAUGGAGGAUUUUUCAGAUUUUCAGGCUAUAUCUCUCCUAAAGAAGUCCUUGCUGCUGCCCUUGGAGGAGACAAUAAGAGAGUGCAACUGAUACUGCAUGUAUUCCAGGGACCUUCCUUUCCAGACAUGGCAAAGAUGAUUAAUCAUGAACACACGAUUGCAUUGUGCUCUCUUAUUGCUUCAAUGGAUAGGUGUAUAGGUCUUUCUCGAUUGCAUGAGGUCGUAGCUCAGUACAGCUGGCCCGAGUCAUUAGAAACUGAUUUUGUCUAUGCUGCUUCCUCAAUUGGGUCAUCAAUCAGUCCACAAUUCUUAGCUGCAUUCUCAGCUGCUUCUGGAAAGAAAUCCGUUGUCCUAUCUGAAUCUGAGGAGUCAGAUCCAGAGUGGGGACGCUGGACAGCCAGUCAAGAACUGAAGAACCCAUCUGUUGGAAUAGUCUUUCCCACUAUCGAGAGGGUGCAAAACGCAGUCUCUGGAAUUUCACCAUCUAGACAAAUCCUUUGCUUCUCAGAGAGAACAUGGCAAAAAUUGAAGCCUGCAGGCAUUCUUCGUGAUGCGGUCCCUCAUCCCCACCAGAGGAUUGGGCAUCCAAUGCAUAUCAAGGUUGCAAGGAGACGCUUUAAGUCUGAAAUGGGCACGUCUUCCGGAUGGGUCUAUAGUGGGUCCCACAAUUUCAGCGCAGCUGCUUGGGGAAGGCUGAUUUCGAGCCGUUCCGAUUCGAAGGCAAUGAAGCUUCAUGUUUGCAAUUAUGAGCUUGGGAUACUGCUCGUGGUCCCUCCAGGGGGGAAGACUUGUGGAAACGAAAGAAAUAUUACGAACUUGGAUGACAUCCGUUUGCCUUUCAUUAUGCCAGCUCCAAAAUACGUGGCUUCAGAUAGGCCGGCAACUAAGCAGGCCAUGAGGGAGGCGGCCAUGAAACUCAACAUUCUUGAGAGUGAACUCACUGAAGUUCCACAGACAGAAGUUGUCGAUGAGAUCCCAGAAGAAGAGGAAUUGGUCGAGCCUGUGGAUCGCAUUGUAGAGAACGACGAGGACAGAGCGUAUGCUAAUAUGCUGUGGAGCGAGGUUGAUUCAUCUCAGAGUUCUUGAUGCCCAAUGGAGGUUGAUAAGAGGUAUAAUCAUUGUAUCAUGCAAAAGUUGCAUCGGCGUGUUAUUCUCAUGCCUCAUGGGAGGAUCAUUCCAUCUGUUUUCUGCGCUAAAGUAGGAGAAGUCGGAACAUGAGGCUCUGGGAACUCGGGCCCAGCCCACGAUCAUCUACUCGCUGGGCCCAACCUUAGGUGGUUUGAUAAAAUUGAGCCACAUGCUUGGUUUGCAAUGAAAUCCGAACAUGACAGGAUA